AUGGAUAAAGAUAUGGAAAUCUUCGAUGUUUUUGCAGGAAGUAGUGGUUCACUAUCAUCCUGUAGUACUGGGAAGAAAAAACUAUCGAGCGGAUCUUUUCAAAAGGCAGAGAUGAAUAAGAAGAGACAGAUGGAAGCUCGUGAACGAGCCAACCAAUUACUGGGACAGUUAGCGACAGGUAACGCUGCAAAUAAUAUUAGGAUGGUAUCCAGCGAUGAUGAUGAUGAUGAUGAUUGUGAUCAUGAUUAUGAGGCAGAUGACAACGAUACAGGAGUGUUAUCGAAAAGAUCGAAAAAUGAGACCAAUGCAGAAGAGCUUCCUGGUUUAGCUUCCCAUCCACGCAACAAUAUCAAAACUGUCGAAAGUGAAGGAAAUUGUUCACAUGAAGUUGUUUUGCCACCAAAUAUGGAAUAUGUACCAUUGAAGCCACGUACAACAGCUCCAGCCAAGAUGUAUGAGUUCCAGUUAGAUGCCUUUCAACGGGAAGCAAUCACGUGUAUUGACAAUAGCCAUUCCGUUCUUGUGUCUGCUCAUACUUCUGCUGGAAAAACUGUUGUUGCAUUAUAUGCGAUAGCGAUGUCUCUACGUGAUAAGCAGCGCGUUAUAUAUACUUCACCUAUCAAAGCUUUGUCUAAUCAGAAAUAUCGAGAAUUGGAAGAAGAAUUUGGUGACGUAGGUUUGAUGACUGGUGACAAUACACUGAAUCCGGAUGCUUCUUGCAUUGUUAUGACUACAGAAAUUUUGCGAUCAAUGUUAUAUCGUGGUUCAGAGAUUAUGAGGGAAGUUGGAUGGGUUAUUUUCGAUGAAAUUCACUAUAUGCGCGAUAAAGAACGUGGCGUUGUAUGGGAAGAAACAAUUAUUUUGCUACCCGACACUGUACACUAUGUUUUUCUUUCCGCUACGAUCCCAAAUGCAAGGCAAUUUGCAGACUGGGUAGUUUAUCUUCACGAUCAACCGGUUCAUGUCAUAUAUACCGACUACCGUCCAGUACCUUUGCAACACUUCAUAUAUCCAGCGGGCGGUUCAGGCCUGUAUGAAGUUGUAAAUAUGCAGGGAAUUUUCCGAGAAGAUAAAUUUACCGAAGCAAUGAAUGUAUUGUCACAAGUGGGAGAUGCAGGGCAUGGUGGAAUCAACAAAGGAAAGAAAGGUGGAACAUCAGGCACACCUCAUGUGGUGAAUAUAAUACGUACGCUUAAGGAACGUGAUAUGAUUCCAGUCAUCAUUUUCUCAUUCAGUCGAAAAGAGUGUGAAGCAUAUGCAACGCAAAUGACGAAUUUGGAUUUCAAUACAGAAGACGAAAAAGCGAAGGUAAAAGAAAUAUUUGUUAAUGCAAUCAGUUUAUUAUCUGACGAAGACAGCAAAUUACCUGAAAUUGGACGAGUAUUACCAUUAUUAUUGCGUGGUAUUGGAGUGCAUCAUUCGGGUUUGCUGCCAAUUGUUAAGGAAGUGAUCGAGAUUUUAUUCGGAGAGGGUUUGAUCAAAACUCUGUUUGCUACUGAAACUUUUGCCAUGGGUUUAAAUAUGCCUGCGCGGACGGUGCUGUUCACAUCGGCAAGAAAAUUCGAUGGAAAAGAUUACAGGUGGAUUACAUCGGGUGAAUAUAUCCAAAUGAGUGGGCGAGCUGGACGUCGAGGUAAAGACGAUCGCGGCCUUGUGAUACUAAUGGUCGAUCAGCAGAUGGGACAGGAUGUAGCUAAACAGAUUAUUAAAGGUGCACCAGACCCGCUUAAUUCGCAGUUUCGUUUGACGUAUAAUAUGGUUCUGAACUUGCUUCGAGUUGAAGGCAUCAAUCCUGAAUUUAUGCUGGAGAAUUCAUUUUAUCAGUUCCAGAAUUAUGAUGCCCUACCGCAACUCUAUGGAAACGUGGAAAGAAAGAAGGAGGAACUUGCUGCCUAUAAAAUUGACAGAGAAACAGAAAUAUCAGGUUAUUAUCAAAUGGAAAAACAGGUUGAUGUAUUAAAAGAAGCCGUAAAAGAGGUCGUUAUGAAGCCUAAGCAUCUUAUACCCUUUCUUCAAGCUGGGCGUUUGCUUCACAUUGUUUCAAACGAUAAAGAUUUUGGAUGGGCGGCUCUGUUGGACUUCCACAAAAAAGCGAACCCGGUUGAUCCUCUUGGCUUGGACUUGAUGUACGUACUAGAUGUAUUGAUGUUACUGUCUGCAGAAAGUGCGAAAAACUUGUCAGAUAUUACACAGUUGCGACCACCUAAUGCGAAUGAGAAGGGAGUUGUAGAGGUUGUAUCUGUCGCGAUCAGUUGUGUAUCUGAAAUAAGUGCGGCACGCGUAAAGUUACCGCAGAACCUGAAAGCAUAUGAAGGAAAACAAAGUGCUGGUCGCGUUAUAAAAGAAGUUUUGAAAAGGUUCAACGGAAUUAUGCCUUUGCUUGAUCCACUGAACGAUAUGAAAAUAAAUGAUUUAGUGCUGCAGGAAAAUAUUUCUAAGUUGCAAGCACUGGAAAAGAGAAAGGAUAGCCAUCCUUUGAGGGCGAAUAGUAAAUUUGACGAAAUCUACAAGCAGUAUGAAAAGAAGCUAGAGUUGGAAGCGGAACUGAAGGUGGCAAAAACUGAGCUAAAGAAAGCGCAAAGUUUAUUGCAGCUGGAUGAGUUGAAAUGUCGCAAGCGUGUGCUUCGAAGAUUGCAAUAUUGUGACGAAAAUGAUGUUAUUACACAAAAGGGGCGUGUCUCGUGUGAAGUAAGUGCUGCAGAUGAGCUGAUGUUAACGGAGAUGAUGUUUGGUGGCAUAUUUACCGAGCUUGCUACUCCGCAAUUGGCAGCUUUGCUUUCGUGUUUUGUAUUUGAAGAAAAAGCAGGGGGAACAAAACUAGCAGAUGAUCUCAGUGGGUGUUUGAGAGCAAUGCAAGAAUACGCUAGACGCAUUGCGAAGGUGACAAAGGAAUCAAAGCUUGAGAUUGAUGAAGACAAAUAUGUGGAGUCGUUUAAGCCGCAUUUGAUGGAUGUAGUCCAUGCAUGGUGUACUGGUGCUUCUUUUGCUGAAAUUUUAAAAAAACGGAUGUUUUUGAAGGUUCAAUAAUUCGCUGCAUGCGACGUUUGGAGGAAUUAUUGCGUGAGAUGGUGGGUGCUUCAAAAGCAAUCGGAAAUGGGGAUCUGGAAGCACGUUUUGAAGAAGCACGAGUGCUUUUGAAACGUGAUAUCGUUUUUACGGCAUCAUUAUAUUUAUAACGGAUUGAAUAAUUUCCUUAAAGUGUUGGACCAAUUGUUGCAGUUAUUUACGUGAUCUCAUUUUCACUAAAGUGUUUCUCUGCAUCUGUUGUUAAAUAGAUUAUGAGAAGAUGUGAAAAAAAAGGAAAGAAAGAAAAAACUGUUUGGCAAAUGUCUGGGUCGGCAUCGCGUUGAUAAUGGUCGUUUAUCAUUUUAUCGUUCCGUUGAAGAUACUGCUGUCCAUUUUAAUCAAUCUGGCACCAUCAGCUGACCAGGAGAGUGGUUCUAAAGCGUCUGAUAUUAUUUUUCGUUCUAAG